CAGAUUCACAAAGUCAGCGUCGUGAUUUAUUUAUAGUUCUGUAGACGAUUGUCUCCUGGUUACCGUCACUGUAUGUAAGCAUACCGUACCUAUCAAAGCGCCCGUUUCCAUUUCCUUCCACCUCUCAAUUAUAGAGAAAACCAUAAAAGUCAUGUUCAAGAAGAAGUUCAACAUCAAAGCCCUUGCACCCCUCCGCUCGUCAGAUAGGAGGAAGCUCGCCGACCAGAUCAUAGACGACUAUGGUCUGAGCAGCAAGAAUGUUGCAAUCAAUGUCGAACGAUCAGACGAAGAGAAGCUCGAAGUCACCGCCGCGAGAACAGCCCUGCGGAACUCUAUCCUGCCAGAGAAUGUGCAAUCGGCACGCUUCACAACCACCUCCGGCCCAGAUCUGAAACAGUCUUCAGGAACGCUUUUUGUUGGCAAUCAAGAAGGCGAGGAUGCACGGAUAUUGUGGUAUCAGCUUGAUGGCAAGAACUUCCCCUCAGUGUACACGGCCUGGAGAAACGCGGAUAUUGUGCCGCUAUUGCACACGCCCGAAGUCGUUGUCAAGAAGAUCCAAGCAGGAGCCGAUCUGAUGACGCCAGGCCUAGCAGGCGGCCCACCAUUUCCGUCGCGAGCGGUCAAAGGAUCUGUCGUCGCGAUUGCGAGCACGGACAGGCCAUCAGUGCCGAUGGCAAUUGGAGUCUGCGAAAUUGACGUAAGCGCAUUGCAACAAGUUCAAGGAGCCAAAGGUCACGCAGUGCAGAGUGUACACUGGGUCGGUGACGAACUGUGGAACUUCAGCACCAGUGGAAAGUCUGGGCGGCAGCCACCAGAGGAACUCACCGAAUGGUCACAGGUCCUCGCUACGGAUGAGCUUGUUGAUCAUAUAGAUGGGGUAGCUCUGCAGGAUGCUGUCGAGGAUGGUGGAGUCAAACUACGAGACCAGGCACCCGAAAAGCCAGACGAACAAACCGGGGCAGCAAAGGGCUUACCUUCCGGCGCAAAUGCAGAGGACCAAACGAAGAUCGAAGUCCAGAGCGAGCUUACGCAGGCGGAAAUCGAUCGCGCUUUCCGGCAGGCAUUCUUAUACGGCGUAUAUCACCACAAAACCACAAAUGCUGGCCAGAAGAACUUUGGAAUCGUGUACCCUGUCAAUCAAUCAGCCCUCAUGUCAACAUUGGUACAGCCGUUCCUGCCAGCGUUUACACCGGAGCAAAGUCAGCAAUUGCAGAUCAAGAAAACCUCAUGGAAAAACAUAAAAAAAUUCGUCAAAAGCCUCGACAAGGAGCGGAUUAUCAAGAGUAAAGACCAAGAUGGCAACCAGACCGUCAUUCUUGACAUUGAUUUCGAGGACAAAGCCUUUGUCACCUUUAAGCCAUACAAGCUACCGAAGAAAGGUCCUUCAGAAAAUGCUCGUGGCAAUGAGGUCGCGGGAUCGGGAGAAGACGGAGACGAGUCUCUCGGGCAGAAGCUGCGCAUCAUUACGCUGUACAAGCCGACUUUGAAGCAGCAGAGUCUCUUCAACGCCGAAUCAGGAUCAAAAUCGUCGUACAGCCAAGCAGAAGUCCGGGAAUACAUAACUAAAUAUGUGGAAACCGAGAACUUGGUCUCUGCGAACAACAAGCGCAUAAUCGCGCUCAACCCCACCCUUGCUAAUGCAGUGUUCGAUGGGUCCGGUUCACUGGACAAAGAAGUAUUGGCGAAAGGAUCCGUGCCACGAGAUGCGCUGAUAGACCGGGUACUGCAUGGUAUGGCGACAUCGUAUGCUAUCAUCCGUAAUGAUGCCGAUCCGAACAGCGUCAAGGCCAAGAGCGGCACCGCGCCAAAAGUAUUGAUCACCUUGGAGAUGAGAACCGGCCACAAGACAGUCACCAAAGUGUCUGGUCUUGAAGCCUACCACGUGAACCCUCGACCACUGGCGGAUGAACUACGGAAAACAUGUGCUGGCUCCACGAGUGUCGAGCCACUCGCUGGCGCAGCUAAAAAGAACGAGAAGCAAGUCAUGGAAGUCAUGAUCCAAGGUCCGCAGAAAGAUGCCGUACUCAAGGCGCUCGAGCGGCGAGGUGUGGAUAAGCGAUGGGUGGAAGUGCUGGACAAAACCAAGGGCAAGAAAUAGCGAAUCUCGGCAAUGACACGUGUGUAAUUUCUACGCGUACAUUUGGUGUACGAGAAGAUCGAGGUCGAGUAUUGUAUAUUGGACUAGUACAAAUGAAAGUUUAUUCAUGUAACGUCCCACGUCUGACACUGAAUGGCU